AAAGAUUAAUUUUGCUGCUAAUCAAUUCAACUGAAUAUGACUUGUAAUAUAAAACAUAUAAGGUAGUUGUUGUUGUUGUAUAAGUCAGCUUUGAUGAACCCUAAUUAGUUUAAAUCUUCUCUACUUCAGCAGCAGCAGGAAGCUCCAACACUUACCAACUCUCCGGACAUGGAUUUUGGUAGACUUGCUUAUCCAACAACAUCAUCUGUUUUCUUCUUCAUACUAUUGUCUUAUGCAGCUGCAUACGACCCGUUAGAUCCAGCAGCAAACAUAACAAUCAAAUGGGAUGUUGUGUCGUGGACUCCGGACGGUUAUGUUGCAGUGGUGACAAUGAGCAACUUCCAGAUGUACAGGCACAUCAUGAGUCCUGGUUGGAGCUUGGGUUGGACUUGGGCUAAGAAAGAAGUGAUAUGGUCAAUGGUUGGAGCUCAAGCCACUGAACAAGGAGAUUGUUCCAAGUUCAAGACAGACAUUCCACAUUGUUGCAAGAAGAAUCCAACAGUUGUUGACUUACUUCCCGGAGUCCCUUACAACCAACAAAUCGCCAACUGCUGCAAAGGCGGCGUUGUCGCGUCCUGGGGACAAGACCCUUCUGCUGCAGUCUCUGCAUUUCAGGUAAGCGUUGGACGAUCCGGCGCUUCAAAUAAAACGGUGAGACUGCCUAAGAACUUCACUCUCCUCGGUCCGGGACAAGGCUACACUUGCAGUCCAGCAGUCAUUGUAACACCUACCAUCUUUGUCUCGUCCGAUGGUCGUCGGAAAACGCAAGCUAUGAUGACAUGGAACGUUACCUGCACAUAUUCACAAGUGCUUGCUUCUAGGUAUCCAACCUGUUGUGUCUCCAUGUCAUCUUUUUACAACGAUACAAUCACUUCUUGCCCAAAUUGUUCCUGCGGAUGCCAGAACAGAAACAACUGUGUCCGGAGUGGAACAGGGAUUCAAACUGUCGUGGGGACGAACCCAGUUACAAAAUCCGCAGGGCCUUCGAUCCAAUGCACACAACAUAUGUGCCCGAUUCGGGUGCAUUGGCAUGUGAAGCUCAACUACAAAGAGUAUUGGCGAGUGAAGAUCACAAUUACCAAUUUCAAUUACAGAGUAAACUAUACGGAUUGGACAUUAGUAGUUCAACAUCCUAAUCUCAACGAUAUCACUCAAGUCUUCAGCUUCGAUUACAAGCCCCUCACUGCAUACCAAUCAAUUAAUGAUUCCGGUAUGUUUUAUGGCGUCAAGUUCUUCAACGAAGAACUAAUGGAAGCCGGACCGGAUGGAAAUGUCCAGUCGGAACUGAUUCUUCACAAGGAUAUCAACACAUUCUCAUUCAAACAAGGAUGGGGUUUUCCUAGGAAGGUAUAUUUCAAUGGGGAUGAAUGCAAGAUGCCUCUACCUGAUGAAUACCCAUACUUGCCAAACCAUUCACAUUCAACAUUGGUUGGAUUUUUAGGGCUUGCAGCCUCUCUGGUUUUGCAAGUGUUGGCCUUCUGAUGAUAAUCAUGGUAGCUAAUACAAGGGAAUUGCAAUGGUGGGUGUUCUUAAAUUAUGGUAUUGUAAAGUGUUGGUUUUAUUUACAUAGAUACAUUAAGAAAGGUAUACUUUACAGGACACCAAUGUGUUAAUUCUUUUGGGUAUCAAUUUGUGAAGGAUAAUAGUAAGGUAGUGUGAGAGAAUAAUCAUAGCUAUACACUUCGAGUCUGUUUGGUAUAUAUGCUAGAGUAUACGUUGUUGAUUUAUGCGAGAGUAUAAUCUGUAAAAUAUGUCGUCGUGUUUAGUGAAACUGAAUCUAUACAUGGA